AUGUGGCCACUGGUGUUGCUCUUGAUCCACUGGCUGCACGGCGACCGGCUGCUCAUCCAUGGACGGCCUCCCUUCCUGCAGUGCCACGCACACGCCCUUGGCAGGCACGGACAAAGAGCCGACUACACGAGCACCUUUCUGUCCUUCUUCCGACCGCUGAAGAAGGCCACUCGGAGGCGGCGAGUCAGGAGCCCGGGCGGGACUGCGAGUGAAGAGAUGAGCAACUCGGCUGCGCCAAAAGACCGGAAGACCGCUGCAGUGCAAAAACUUUAUGAGGACUUGUUACACGAGUUGCAGCUCAUCCAACAGAGGAAUGAGACAAACCAGCCGACCGAGGCACCGAGGGCGUCGCAGCCCCCCACUGGGACAGGCAGCAAGGACGAGGCCAACCCUGCCACUGUCACUCCCGCGGAGGCUAACAAGGAACACGAGUCGGCCCAAGAAGUCCCUCCGGACCUUGUUUGGCGACGAUACGCGAACGACAAGGGUACAGGGAUGCAUGUGUGUCUUGUGAUUGUAUGCCGGACAUCCUUGAGGCUCUCUCUUGUGUCUGCGUGUCUGCCUGCCUGCCCAUCCAGCCGCUGCAUGGAGCGCUGCAGUGACGGCUCUCGACAUCAAAGCAAUGGAGGAGCUGCUGCGAUUGGGAUUGCCAUCUAAGGAAGUCGACCCCAAUCAGCCCUUCUCAUCAGCUCCCCCCGUACUGCCUCUCUCGUUUGCUAUCCUCCGCAACGACCUAGACGCUGUGCGACUGCUGCAUGAGGGAGGAGCUGACCCCAAUGCUCCAUCACCAUACUGUGGUGUGGCGUCAGAGAAGGACGAGAGACUUGUGGUAUCCCGCGGACCGAUCGACACCCUCUUCCUCACCUUCACGCACGGCACCGCCGUUGAAGGCCAUGGAAUGAGUGCAUUAAACUACGAGUUCUUUUACAAGGCGUGGGACAUCCUUACUGACCGGCAGCACGAAGGCAACGUCAAGCCGUCCCGUUUCGGUGUGCAGCGCCUCUUCAUCAAUUCCAAUAUCGAGGACCCGUGCUUCAAGCGGCCCAGGCUUUUUGACAUCAUUUUCCGCUCGCCCAAAGACGGAACAAUCAAUCUGCUGCAGCCGCUUGAGGAAGGUCCUGAAACUAUAAACUGGACGAAGACCGACGCCGCCGGCAACACCGUCUUGCACAUAGCUGCGGCAGGCGGCACAGCUGCUCUGAUCCGCCAUCUUCUCAAAAGGCCUGAGGUGACGCCUUUGCUACGCCAGCGGGACAAAUGCGGGAGGACGCCGCUCACGAGCGCUGUGUGCGGUCUGACCAUCGCACCGACACGGAUCGGUGGUUAGUUCAAAAAGAGGAUCGACGCGGCCUCUUUCAUGCAGCGAGAUGAAGAAAAAUGGUCCUCAUCUGUGGGAAGCUCCUCUCGCACGUCUCCAUUCGAGUCGGCCGCGGAAGAGUACGGCUAUAUCGCAGCGCGCAUCGAGUAUGACGAGGAAUACAUGGACAGACUCCACGUGCUCGUCAGGGACGCGGGGCUCGCCACCAAUCAGCCGAUACAAAGAGAGAGAGAGGGGAAUGAAAGACGACGUAAGGAAGGCUGCACUGCUGUCUUGUCUCUGCGCGUGAUGACCCUUGGCUUGUGUGUGUGAAUGCGUGCAUGUAGUUGUCGGAAGAAGACGCGUGUGGCGGGCUGUACCCCUUGCACUGCCUUACGAUGCAGCACUUCCAGCAUCGAGGAGACCUCACAAAGCGAGUCGCGGAAUUACUGGUGGAAAACUGUAGGCAGGCUACUACUUCAUCAAUGGCACUGAGGCAGACAGGGAGCGAGCCGAGAGAGAGAGAGAGAGGGAGGGAGGGAGGGAGACACCCACGCUUUCAUGUCCCAGCAUCUGCUGUCUCUUUGUGUGUGUAUGUGUAUGUGUAUGUGUGUGCGUGCAGACGCCGGUAAGAAUGCCUAUGAGAUGAAGACACGCGUCAACUCUGUUGACAACACGGGCAGAACACCACUGUACGUAACAACAGUAUGUGUGUAUUAGACCAACCCAUGUGGGCGUUUCGAUGUGUGCAGGCAUGUUCUGGUGGCCGAUUACCCCCGGGACCCGAAGAAGGGUUUGAACACAAUCCGCCACCUCCUCAAUCGAGGCGCCGACCCAAGCUUAGGCAUCAAAAAGAGAAGGGCCAUGAGCGAAUAUGAGGGCACGGUGCUCGACGACCUGCCGGGCAUCGGCGUUCCACGCAAGUUUGGGGACGCGUCGGAAAGGCUGAUGACCCUCAAAAGCAUGCAGAUGGAGCAGCAGAAGCAACAUAUUAGGUCGUUCACGCAGAUGAAGACGACUGAGGGUCAGUCGCUAAUCUGAUUCUCCGCCGCACACAAGAAGCACAUGAAUGGAUUUUUAUUGUUCUGGCGUCAGAAUUGACAGCCAGCAGUCAUUCUCUCGGCGGAGGAUCAGUUAUGGAUCCGUGCAGCCCCACCCCAGCGCAUGAAAUUCCCGGUGUCUACUAUGUGAUAGACCAUUUGAAGGUGCGGCCAUGUCAGGAGGGCUGGACAGCAGUGCAUCUCGCAUGCUGGCACGGGUCAGCGAGACACGGAGGAACACCUGCUCGUCAUUUAUUGAGCUGCCUGAAAUGGUGGGUGCAGGUCGUCCAAUGUGAUUAGUCUGCUGAUGGAUGGUGCGUACAAGGCUGACCCCAACGCACGCACGGCAGAAUACAGCAGGACGCCAUUGCACAUAUUCCUGGCAAACGAAGACACGGCGGUGAGCGAAAGACCCACUCUGCAUCUCCCCGCGCCAUGUGAUCUGGUGUGCAGUCGGUGAACUUGAGGACCACUGUGUUCCAGCUGACGGAGAGAGGGGCCGAUAUCAAUGCGGUGGACGGCAACGGCUUCACUCCCAUAUUCUAUUUUCUGGCGUCCCUGACGUCCUACCAUGACCAGCCAUGGAUUCUGAACAUCAAGCGUCGGAAGCAGCUGCAGCAUGACACGCAGUUGUUGAUCAAACUCACGGCCAGGACGGACGUACAGGUGUGUGGUUGAGUUUCUCGGGCGAUAUAGCAGGCAGGCAGGCAGUCCGUGUGUAUGCGGUGUGCGUGUUGUUUGGUUGUUUGUGUAGGCACAUGAUGGGUCGACCCCAGCGAUGCACGCGUACUUGACGUUCAUCCCUCAGGUGAUCAAGGAGGUGGUGGCUCACUAUCCUAACAUGACACUCGUACAAUGCCACUCAUGUGAGAGUGUACGCGCCAGGUCAGGGAAUGCGUCAGCCAGACAUCCACAUACAGCUGCCGGCCAAUGAGCAUUGACGUGUCUGUCUGUCUGUCUGUCUCACCAUCAGGUCCGUCUUUUGGCGUGGCAUAAUUGGCUUCGCCAAUGAAUCGACCAUCCUGCACAUGUUCAGCAUCGAGCCGCGCCUCCAAGUAAGACUGACACAUGUGAAUAACCACAUCACUCAUGUCCUUGCGUGGGACCAUGCUCGUCCAGGUACAUUGGACGCCUGAUACCUUCACACAUCUUGAGGCCAUGGAGGCCGUCUGCAGACAUGGAAAGCUGGACAGCAAGCUGAUAAUCAACAAUCAGCGAGAGAAACAGGCUCAAGGAUCAUGUCUCUUCUCGUGCAGGCUUUCUACUCAUUUGAUGGCGCUGGGCAGACGCCCCUUUUCCGCGCCGCGCGAAGUCUCUCGCCGCACGCUGUCGCGGUAGGUGAGGCAGGCACCAGUCGACAGUCCAACAGACAGAUGUUUGUCUGUCUCUCUUUCACUCGAUUGAUCAACAGAAGCUGUUGGAGUACGUGCCGCGAGAUCACCCACAGUCGUUAGUUGGCUACAUCCCGCCGCCAGACAAAGCCCCAGGACAGGAGCUGAUUAAGUACCUUUCCUUUCUCUGGAAAAUGCUACCCUUCCACGUUCCAAAUCUGCCAUCAUCGGCCUUCAUCGAUAGCUUAGGCAGCCCGCAAUGGAGUUACUUCUCGCUUCUCCUGCCAGUGGCCUUACGCGAGUAUGAUAAGGGAAUGGACAGCGCAGUGCUGUCGGACGAGGACCGUGAGGCGCUGGGCCGUCGUCUGACGACAGUCUUCCGCCGGUUAUUCGAGGAGGCAGGUACGUUGCACGCUCACGCAUGGAUGGAUAGAGUGUAUGCAUUCUUGUAUCUGUGUCUCCAGCGAUCCCCGAUCUGGACACGUUCCGCAGAGUACAGCACAUGGGACAUGUGCGCACCUACGCGCAGCUUGCCAGAUAUGUGUCUCUCUUCGACAAGGGCCAGGGGGGAGAGCCUGACGAUCCGCAGGCCGCCAACUGGCCCCUGGAGUGGCAGGCGGGCCUGGAUGUCACAAACAAGUCGCUGAUCGAAGAGCACGAGAACGGGACGAAAUUCUGGCGGUGGGGCGAGCAUCGCCUUCCUGUCGAGCCCUGGUCAUGGACCCUCUCCUUCGUCGAGAUGGAGCUGGCGCCAAGAGAGGAGGUCGAGGCCGACCCUGCCAUAUGCUCGGACAUAAACAACGCCAAUCGGGCACGCAAAGUGUGCGUAGGCAAAAUGGAUGCAUUCAUAUGAAAUCCCGCCUCUUGUUUUUCAGCUAUUGCAGCAUCGGCAAGGCAUUCGAGGCAAUCGAGGCUGACAGGAACCAGCGCGCGGCACUCUUUCUGCGGUGACUCAACCAUGCAAACACACACGCCAAUUCUCUGAGUCACAAUGCGGUCCCUCUUUGCAGGCCUCCUGUGCAAGAAAGCGCCCAAGAGGCACAUUACGAGGUCUGUCGAUGACAAAAACAUGACAUCCUCGAAAAUGAGACAUGUGUGCUUAAUCCCUCUCUGCAGCUGUGCAGCGACAUGAAAGUGAACGUCUCUGAGCUGCUGCAAGACCUCGGUGAGACGCCGAUGCCCUUCACAGAGUCACAACUCGAGUAUGUCUACGUCCACAUCCGACCAUCGCCACAUGACACGACAGCAGAUAAGCAAGCUCACCCUUGGCGCGCCAUUCUCACGUGUGAGGCAGUCUCUUAUGAGAAGGAGACAGCCAGGAUGAUGGAGCUCUUCGAGCACCUUCGGAAACUGGCCAAGGUCGAUCCAACCUCACUCACCUCAUGUGGCGGGGAGCUAUCAGCCAAGAGAGACCACAACGUCGGGUGUCUGGACACGAGCUAUAACUUCCACUUCUCGGCACUGCAGUUCUUCGGCAGCUAUCUCAUCCUGACUGACGUGACGAUCCGUGGCGCGCCUUGGUUCGGUUUGUAUAUGCGGGAUGGGCACGUCAUCGCCCGCCACGUGCGAUUCGAAUCAAACGGCCGGGCUUUGCAGCACUACCACGAAGGCAAGAGGAAGGACCUCAGCCUCAAACCUCCGUUAUUGGGCUCAUCUGCGCACCGACAUGAGGAUGAGACCGGAGACGAGGAACAAGAGGGCAUGUCGGAGAUGAGCAAUCUCUUUAAGCUUCGCUUCAAGGCCAGGAAGGCACGCAAGCACACCGAUCUACUCAUCCUCUCAGGGACAACACAUUGACCCUCGCGAUUGUUGCUUGACAGGGCAGCGCCGUGAUGAUCCGCGCCAACCUGUUCUCCCUGGGUCAAGGCAGGAAGCACGACAGCGGCCACAGACACAUAUUCGACAACUCUGUGUUUGAGGACAAUCUCGGAGAGAAUGGAGCGGCCAUCCAAGUGACGUAUGACCCCUUCUGCCAUUCAAGGGACACCACAACGUCGAUCCGCGAGUGUGUGUUCCGCAACAACACUGCCAACACGGGCGGGGCGAUAUAUGAAAGGCACUGGGGCGGCAGCGGAGGCCCAUCGACCAACGUGCUCCACAUCGAGAGCUCGACAUUCGGACAGAACUUGGUAAGCGUAUGUGACAUUUGCAGCGUGAAAGGGUUUGCGUGUUGGGAUAUGUCCACAUGAAGGCUCAGGAGGAGGGCGGGGCAGUCUUCUAG